AUGCUGUACUGUAAUGAAAACUUGGACCCAGCCAGAGAUAGAGAAGUGGCUGACAGGAAGAAGAGUGGCUGUGAGAGGGAGAGGAGUACGUAUGCGUGGUGGAAGAAGACUGAGAGGAAGAUCAAGAGCUCUCUGAGUCGGUCAGCGAUGCCCUUCGGCCUGAUGCGUAGAGAGCUGGCGUGCGAGGGAUACCCCAUCGAGCUGCGCUGCCCUGGCAGUGAUGUCAUCAUGAUUGAGACGGCCAACUACGGCCGCACGGACGACAAGAUCUGUGACGCUGACCCCUUCCAAAUGGAGAACGUGCAGUGUUACCUGCCUGACGCCUUCAAGAUCAUGUCACAGAGGUGUAAUAACCGUACCCAGUGUGUGGUGGUGGCAGGGUCCGAUGUGUUCCCAGACCCCUGCCCAGGGACCUACAAGUACCUGGAGAUACAGUAUGAGUGUGUCCCCUACAAAGUGGAUCAAAAAGUCUUUGUGUGUCCGGGCACACUGCUGCGGGUACAGGCGGCCAGCUCGCUGCAGGAGGCGGAGCAUCAGUCGGGGGCAUGGUGUAAGGACCCCCUGCAGUCAGGUGACCGGCUCUAUGUUAUGCCUUGGACUCCCUACCGCACCGACAUGCUGUAUGAGUACGCCUCCUGGGACGACUUCAGACAGAACCGAGCCACCACCACCUACAAGUUGCCGAACCGUGUUGAUGGCACAGGCUUCGUGGUAUACGACGGCGCAGUGUUCUACAAUAAGGAGCGCACACGCAACAUGGUCAAGUAUGACCUGCGCACACGCAUCAAGAGCGGCGAGGCCAUUAUCGCCAACGCCAACUACCACGACACAUCGCCCUACCGCUGGGGUGGGAAGAGCGACAUCGACCUGGCGGUGGACGAGAACGGGCUGUGGGUCAUCUACGCCACAGAGUCCAACAACGGACGACUGGUGGUCAGCCAGGUGAACCCGUACACCCUGCGCUUCGAGGGCACCUGGGAGACCAGCUUCGACAAGAGGCUGGCGUCCAACGCCUUCAUGGCGUGCGGCGUGCUCUACGCCGUGCGCAGCGUCUACCAGGACGACGACAGCGAGGCCGGCGGGGACCUGAUCCUUUACGCCUACAACACGAACCGAGCCCGGGAGGAGCCCGUCCACAUCCCCUUCCCUAACCCCUACCAGUACGUCUCCUCUGUGGACUAUAACCCCAGAGACAACCAGCUCUACAUCUGGAACAACUAUAAUGUUCUGAGAUACCCGCUGGAGUUCGGACCACCGGACCCCACCACUGGUGAGUCAACGCAGAGCCCUUUGACGACCACUCAGGUGACCAGCACCACUCCAGCCCAACCUUUCACCUCCAGUUCUAGCCCUGCUACCACCCGCCCCCUGGCCCCCACUUCUCACCCCAUUGGCGCUAUCAACAAGGGCCCUGACCUGCGGCCAAUCACAGCCACCGUACCAGUCACCAGGCGGCCUCCCCGCCCACCCGUCCAGGGCCCAGAGCCCCAGGUGUGUGAGUCCAGAGUGGCCAGAGGGGUGCAGUGGCCCUCCACCCAGAGAGGAGAGACUGUGGACCGUCCCUGUCCUAAAGGAUCACUAGGCAUCGCAUCGUUCCAGUGCUUGGCGGCUCCGGUCAUGUGGAACCCUCGGGGCCCUGACCUCAGUAACUGCACCUCUCCCUGGGUCAACCAGGUAGCCCAGAAGAUAAAGAGUGGUGAGAAUGCUGCCAACAUAGCUGGGGAGUUGGUGAACCACACACGGGGGCGGAUCCACGCUGGUGAUGUCAGCUCGUCAGUGCGUCUGAUGGAACAGCUGCUGGACAUACUGGAUGCCCAGCUUCAGGCCCUGCGGCCCGGCAACAAGGAGUCAGCCGCACGCAACUACAACAAGCUCCAGAAGAGAGAGCGGACCUGUCGGGCUUACAUCCAGGCGGUAGUGCAGACAGUGGACAACCUGCUGCGUACAGAGGCCCUGGAGUCGUGGCAGGACAUGAACACUACGGAGCAGGCCCACACCGCCACCAUGCUAUUGGACGUCCUGGAGAAAGGAGCCUUUCUAUUGGCCAACAACAUGUACGGCAACCGCUUCACCGACCGGGCCCCCAAUAUCGAUCUGGAGGUGCACGUGUUGAACACAGAGAUGGACCUUCAGGACCUGUCCUUUCCUCAGAACUACGUGAGCGACAGCACCAUCCAGCUCUCCGCCUCCACCAUCAAACAGUACAGCCGCAAUGGCCAAGUCAAGGUAGUGUUUGUUCUUUAUAAGAACUUGGGCUCCUUCCUGUCUACGGAGAACGCCACGGUGAAGAUGGAGCUGGAGGCGGCACCGGGGGAGCGGGGCUUGGCGGUCAACUCCCACGUCAUCGCCGCCUCCAUCAAUAAAGAGUCCAGCAGAGUGUUCCUCACUGAGCCGGUGGUGUUCACACUCAAACACUUACAGUUGGAGAACCACUUCAGUCCCAACUGUUCGUUCUGGAAUUACUCUGAGCGGUCGAUGACAGGCCAGUGGUCGUCUCAGGGCUGUAGACUGCUGGACACCAACAGCACACACACCACCUGCUCCUGUUCCCACCUCACCAACUUUGCUGUGCUCAUGGCCCACCACCAGCCUGAUUACCCUGGGAGGAUGCACGAGUUGAUCCUGUUUGUUAUCACCUGGGUGGGCAUAGUGAUCAGCCUGGUGUGCCUGGCUAUCUGCAUCUCUACCUUUUGCUUCCUGAGGGGCCUGCAGACCGACCGCAACACCAUCCACAAGAACCUCUGCAUCAACCUCUUCAUCGCAGAGCUCCUCUUCCUUAUCGGCAUCGACAAGACCCAGUACCACAUUGCCUGUCCGAUCUUUGCUGGGCUGCUUCACUUCUUCUUCCUGGCUGCAUUCUCCUGGAUGUGUCUGGAGGGGGUGCAGCUCUAUCUGUUGCUGGUGGAGGUGUUUGAGAGCGAGUACUCCCGCAAGAAGUACUACUACCUGUGUGGCUACUGCUUCCCAGCUCUGGUGGUGGGCAUCUCGGCAGCCAUAGACUACCGGAGCUAUGGGACCAAGAAAGCGUGCUGGUUGCGGGUGGAUAACUACUUCAUCUGGAGCUUCAUUGGCCCUGUUUCUUUUGUUAUUAUGCUGAACCUGGUGUUCCUCAUGAUCACCGUGCACAAGAUGACCCGCAACUCCUCUGCCCUAAAACCUGACUCCAGCCGCCUCGACAACAUCAAGUCAUGGGCUAUUGGGGCCAUCGCCCUGCUCUUCCUGCUUGGUCUGACCUGGUCCUUCGGCCUCCUCUUCAUCAACGAGAACACGGUCAUCAUGGCCUACCUCUUCACCACCUUCAACGCCUUCCAGGGCAUGUUCAUCUUCAUCUUCCACUGCGCCCUGCAGAAAAAGGUCCAUAAGGAGUACAGUAAGUGUCUGCGUCACUCGUACUGCUGCAGCCGUACCUCCACCACCAGCUCCCACGGCUCCCUGAAGAACUCUGCCCUGCGUGCCAACAACCGCUACUACACUGGCAACCAGAGUCGGAUCCGCAGGAUGUGGAACGACACGGUUCGGAAGCAGACGGAAUCUUCCUUCAUGGCGGGAGACAUCAACAGUACUCCUUCACUCAACCGUGCCACCAUGGGAAACCACCUCCUGACCAACCCAGUGUUACAGACCCGUACCGGCACCUCUCCCUACAACACCCUACUGGCUGAGAGCUUCACUCCCCCUUCUCCUGGGGUCUUCAACUCCACCGAGAACACUCUGUGUAAGGCCCGUGAACCAUGUGGUAUGGACACCCUGCCCCUCAAUGGUAACUUCAACAACAGCUACUCCCUCCGCAGCGUGGGGCCGGUGGGCGGCGGCGGGGGCAGCUGUGACUUCCUGGGCGGGGGCAUGGGGUGUGCAGACACCCCCCCUCCCCUCCUCAACCCCCGCGGGUCUGAGACCCUGGGCGGUGACGGAAUACGGCGCAACCUGUCUGACGCAGCUGCCUUCGAGAAGAUGAUCAUCUCUGAGCUGGUGCACAACAACCUGCGUGGGGGAGGAGCUGGGGGCGGGGAUAGGGUCUGUGGUAGUCUGGCGAGGGGCCCUCCUCACGGCGGAGUAGGCCGAGGCACGGGAGUAGCUGUGCCAGAGCCGAGCAUCAGCCUGGACGACGACGAGGACUUCCUGUCCAGAGAAGGCGGGCGCCAGAGGACGCCGCAGGAUGUGGAGCUGCUCUACAAAGCCCUGGAGGAGCCACUGCUGCUGCAGAGAGCCCAGUCUGUCCUUUACCAGUCUGACCCCGAGGAGUCAGAGAGCUACACGGCCGACCUCACAGAGAGCCUGGGCCACAGCGGCCACAGUGGGCACAGCGCCGGAGGUCAGGGGUCUGGGGGACAGGGGCCUGACUCUCCCGCCAGGGACUCCCUGUACACCAGCAUCACCAACCUACGAGACUCGCCCUACCCAGACAGUAGCCCCGAGCCCCUGGAGGUGGUGCCCCGCUCGGCCCAGCCCCCUGAGGAGCUCUAUUACAGCUCUGGGAGGCCCGCCCUGGGGUCUCGAGGAGCACCCAUGCAGACCUUCUACCAGGCCCCGCCCCCCAGGAGGCCCAGUAGGGAGGGGGAGGGGCAUCCCGGCCAGGAGCCCACCCACAGCGAGGGAGAUGGACAGAUGCAGCUGGUCACCAGCCUGUGA